GCUUGUCUCCUGCUCUGUUCCGGGGUUCAGAUGAAACUUCAGAGGGCUGUGUGUGUGUGUGUGUGUGUGGGCAGGCCUAGGGGUGGAGUGAGCUUCCUCUCUCACUCCAUAUGUCAGAAGAAAUUUGUCUUGAGUGCUGCACGUUACUCCUUGCAUCACCUGUAUAGGCAGGCAACAAAAGCACACUUUUUUGUGGCACGCGAGUGUGUGAGUGCGAGUCCGGGCUCGGGCGAGCCACCCGUGUCUGGACUGGUUGUGAAGUCUCAGACUUGCUCGUGCUCACUGUUAGAGAAGAAUGUACUUCAAGGCCAGCAUGAAAGGGACAACGUGUGGAGCAAUGAAGGCUUCUAUGUUGUGGUCAUCUUCCUCACGAUCUUCAUCAUCAUUGUCACCUGUUUAAUGGUGCUUUACCGACUCAAGGAGAAGGUCGAGUACUCAGACGGGCCGCUGAAGGGGCUGGGUGCGCCCGUGUCUGUGCAUGCCACCCAGCCACCCCUGACCCUCACCAGCAGCAUGGUGCAGGCCAGCCCCACCCCCAAACCAGCCUGCACCACUGUGACCAGCAUACCCUCCAACACCACCACCACCACCACCAUCAACCAAAACACACCCCACACACACACCAUUACCUCCACCUCUGAGUCUCAGUGGCCCCCGUGCCCCCCAUGUCCCCCUGUAACUGAGCUCAAACCCUGUCUGUCCUCCAGCCCGUCGCCCUUCAAGAUGAAGCCUGCUGCCGGUCUACAAGAGAGACGAGGCUCUAAUGUUUCCUUGGUGCUGGAUAUGAGUGCGCUCGGCUCUGUGGAGCCUCUGAAUUGUGGCGCGAACACUCCUCGUGAGCGGGUGGCUCAGGAGUACCUGCAGUCGGCUGGUCGAGUCCUCACACGCCAGCAGCUCAGAGAUGCCACGCUGAAUACUCAGGCCCUGCAUGCCGAGUUCUCUGAAAUUCCAAUGAACUUCGUUGAUCCAAAGGACCUGGAUAUCCCCAGUCUCGGGACCAAAAACAGAUACAAGACCAUUUUGCCAAAUCCACACUCCAGAGUCCUCCUGAAAAACAAGAAUAGCUGUGAUCCUCUCAGCAGUUACAUAAAUGCCAACUACAUACGAGGUUACCUCAGACAUGAGAAAUCAUACAUAGCCACACAAGGUCCUAUGAUCAACACAGUAAACGACUUCUGGCAGAUGGCCUGGCAGGAGGACUCGCCCGUCAUCGUCAUGAUCACCAAGCUGAAAGAGAAGAACGAGAAAUGUGUUUUGUAUUGGCCUGAAAAACGAGGGAUUUACGGCAAGGUGGAGGUCCUCAUCAACAGUGUCCGGGAAUGUGAGCAUUACACUGUCCGCACGCUCACACUCAAACAAGCAGGCCAAAGUCGUAAAGUCCAGCAUUACUGGUACACAUCAUGGCCGGAUCAUAAAACUCCAGACAGCGCAGGGCCUCUGCUGCAGCUCAUGACUGAUGUUGAGGAAAGCAGAGAGGUUUCCGAGUCUCACGGUCCUGUCAUUGUUCACUGCAGUGCUGGAAUUGGUCGUACAGGCUGUUUCAUUGCCACGACUAUAGGCUGCCAUCAGCUGCGUCUGGAAGGAGUGGUGGAUGUUCUGAACAUCGUGUGCCAGCUGAGAGUAGACAGGAAGUCGUGUUCUGUGCUGCCAAUCCAACGCCAUUAUUUUCCUAGGUGUAUUUUUAAAAUUCAAAAAAGUUUAUCAUUCCUUUUACAUGAAUGCCAUCAGAACUUAUAUUGUUUUCUUGACCUGUGAACCUGUGACUAAGAUAUGCAGUUAUGCAGUGCUGUCUUAGAAAAGUCUUAGACACUCUACAUUUUAUAUACUGUACCUUUUGUCUGAUAUGAUCAUCCACAAUAUAUUUUGUUGCUUUGUUUUUGUUGUUGUUAUUGUUGUUUUCACUUUUUACUCCAUCGCUAAUUUCCAACAUUCCAGAUUUUUACCUACAUGAAUAAGUGAAAUAAGGCAAAAUUUAGGCAACAGAAUUUCAUCUUUCCUUCAAAUGAUACAUUUUAAUCCAUUUCCUUUCUUUACAUUCUGAAUAAGUCAUGUUGUAUCCAAGAGUUUACUCUGAAUUAUUGAAUCACUGAGGCACAGGUGUAUCACAGUCGACUCGGCAGCAUGUCUCUGAACUACACAAGUGUUCAGUUUUGAGAGGCGGAAAGAUACUGUAAUUGCUAUAUAACUAUGAACAUUUAUUACGGUUUUUUUGUAUCGUCCAUUUUUUUAAAUUUGUGAUACAGAGGUUUUAAAAAUUAUAUUUGUGAAUUUCUAAUCGAUGUGUGUAGCAUAGAAAAAUCCGGUCAGUUUCUCAUCAGUGUACAUUGGCUUCCUGUUUGUAGCUAUUUUCCACUAUUUUGUAGUACCCUGUUAAUAACAUUGGGAAAAAUGUAACUGUCCAGCAGACCUGUUACAGUAGAUAUUUCUAGCUAGUAUAAUCUGUACAUAUCAUACUUCUAUUAUUAUUAUUAUUAUGGUAAGAAACAUAAGAAGACAAGCCCAAGCUGCCGAUUUCUUCAUGUCAUGUUCAACCGUCAUGACAGUCCACUUCUUUCACCCUGUAAAGAGAAACGAGACAUUAUUCUAAACUGAAACAUACUGUUAAUGAAAACACAAGACUAUGUAGUGAUUGAAGCCAUAAUAUCUAAUGUUAAGGUACUACGUACUGUACGUUCACACUUGAGUCCUCUUUUAUCUUUAUAGAGAGCCUGUAAUGUGGAGAAAUGUGUUCUUGUGUAUAGAACUGGCAAUGAUUGCCAACUCGGACUGUCCUCUAACUGGUAAUAAUAUACCCAACUCUGUGACUCUGUAUACUUUACAGAUAAUAAACCAAUCAAAAUGUU